UCAUCUUACUGGAGGGCAUUUGCUCAGGUCUGAUCCCUCACCAGGCGCAGGUCGCAACAUGACCCUCUUUUCCCUCCGCAUGCCAAUUUUGCAGACAAGGGAACGAAGUGCUGGAAGUGGAGAUUCAGCUAUCACCACUGACUUCUAAAGACUUGUUGCCUGAGGAGGAAGCGAAAGAAAGGGGUUCAGCUAUGGCUGUUUCUCAGGGACAGUUGACACUCAACGAUGUGUUCAUAGAAUUCUCUCAGGAGGAGUGGGAAUGCCUGGCCCCAGCUCAGAGGGCCUUGUACAGAGAAGUGAUGUUGGAGAGCUACCGGAACAUGCGCUUUCUGGGAAUUUCUGUUUCUGAUCUGUAUAUUGUCUCCAUUUUGGAGCAAGGGAAAGCACCCUGGACUCUGGAGAGCGAGUCGAACAUAGCACAAAAACCAAAUCAGUGGGAACGUAUCAAAGGUGUGAACACAGAUAGAUGUUCUCCAUAUGUGAUCAAGAAAUUAAAACCAACAAAACCUGGUAAUACAGAAGGAGCAUUCCAAUCGGUGAUGUUUGGAAGAUAUGAAAGCCAUGUGAUCAAAGAUUUUUACUUCAGGAAAACCCAGGAACAUAUGCUUGAUUUUGCUUGUCAGCAAAGAGAUGAUGAAAGCAAUCACAAAGGAAUGCCUAUAACUCAUAAUAAACAUCUCACUGACAGAAGAAGUCAGCAUGGUAGAGAGUAUGCUGGACACGAGCCUGUUGAAAAUAGGCUUGGACUAAGGUUUCAGUCACAUCGGGCUGAUACAGAGAUAGUUCAUACUGAAGAGAACAUUGAUGAAUGUAAUCCAGCCGAGAAGUCUAUCAACAAUAUUUCCUUUGUUUCUCCACUUCGAAGAGUUUUUUCUAGAGUCCAAGCCACCGUUAGUACUGUAUAUAGGAAUGAUUCUAGACGUCCUUCAGUACUGACAAAAGACCUGAAAGUGUGCAGGAAAAAUUCUUACAAAUGUAAUGAAUGUGGCCAAGAGUUUAGUGCACGUUCAGGCCUAACUAGCCACCAGAUAAUUCAUACUGAAGGGAAACCUUACAAAUGUAAAGAGUGUGGCAAAGAGUUUAGUGUGCAUUCGAGCCUAACUAAACAUCAGAUAGUCCAUACCAGAGAGAAACCUUACAGCUGUAAUGAGUGUGGCAAAGCCUUUGGUGUGCGUGCAAGGCUAAGUAGACAUCAGAUAAUUCAUAGUGGAGAGAAACCUUACAAAUGUAAUGAGUGUGGCAAAGCCUUUAAUGUGCAUUCAAGCCUAACUACACAUCAGAGAAUCCAUACUGGAGAAAAACCUUACAAAUGUAAUGAGUGUGGCAAAGCCUUUAGUUUGCAUUCAAGCUUUAGUUACCAUCAGUUAAUUCAUAGUGGAGAAAAACCAUACAAAUGUAAUGAGUGUGGCAAAGCCUAUUGGGUGAGUUCAAAUCUAACUACACAUCAGAGAAUCCAUACUGGAGAGAAACCUUACAAAUGUAAUGAGUGUGGCAAAGCCUUUAGUGUGCGUUCAAGGCUAACUAGUCAUCAGAUAAUUCAUAGUGGAGAGAAAACUUUCAAAUGUAAUGAGUGUGGCAAAGACUUUAGUGCUCAAUCCAGCCUAACUACACAUCAGAGAAUCCAUACAGGAGAGAAACCUUACAAAUGUAAUGAGUGUGACAAAGCCUUUAGGGUGCGUGCAAGCCUAACAAGUCAUCAGAUAAUUCAUACUGGAGAAAAACCUUACAAAUGUAAUGAGUGUGGCAAAGCCUUUAGGUUGCGUUCAAGCUUCAGUUAUCAUCAGUCUGUCCAUACUGGAAAAAGACCUUAUAAAUGUAAUGAGUGUGGAAAGCAGUUUGGUGUGCAUUCGAACCUAACUAAACAUCAGAUACUCCAUACUGGAGAGAAACCUUACAAAUGUAAUGAGUGUGGCAAAGCCUUUAGUGUGCGUGCAAGCCUAACUAGUCAUCAGAUAAUUCAUAGUGGAGAGAAACCUUACCAAUGUUUUGAGUGUGGCAAAGGCUUUAGUGUACAUUCAAGCCUAACUGUACAUCAGAGAAUCCAUACUGGAGAGAAACCUUACAAAUGUAGUGAGUGUGGCAAAGCCUUUAGUGUGCGUUCAGGCCUAACUCACCAUCAAUUAAUUCAUAGUGGAGAGAAGCCUUACAAAUGUCAUGAGUGUGGCAAAGCCUAUUGGGUUCGUUCAAGCCUCACUUACCAUCAGUUGGUCCAUACUGGAAAGAGACCUUACAAAUGUAAUGAGUGUGGCAAAAACUUUAGUGUGCGUGCAAGCCUAACUAGUCAUCAAGUAAUUCAUAGUAGAGAAAAAACUUUCAAAUGUAAUGAGUGUGGCAAACAGUUUCGUGUUCAUUCAGGCCUAACUACACAUCAGAGAAUCCAUACUGGAGAGAAACCUUACAAAUGUAGUGAGUGUGGCAAAACCUAUAGAGUGCGUGGAAGCCUAAUUUACCAUCAGUUAACUCAUAGUGGAGAGAAACCUUACAAAUGUAAUGAGUGUGGCAAAGCCUUUAUUGCACAUUCAGCGCUAACCACACAUCAGAGAAUCCAUACUGGAGAGAAACCUUACAAAUGUAGAGAAUGUGGCAAAACCUUUAGUUUGCGAUCAGGCCUAACUAGUCAUGAGACAAUCCAUACUGGAGAGAAACCUUACAAAUGUACUGAAUGUGGCAAAUCUUUUAGGUUGCGUUCAAGCUUCAGUUACCAUCAGUCGGUCCAUACUAAUAAGAAACUUUACAAAUGUAAUGAGUGUGGCAAAGCCUUUAGUGUGCAUUCAGGUUUAACUAGACAUCAAAGAAUCCAUACUGGGCAGAAAUGUUACAAAUGUAAUGAGUGUGGCAAAGACUUCAGUGUGCGUUCAAGCCUAACUACACAUCAACGAAUCCAUUCAGGAGAAAAACCUUACAGAUGUAAUGAGUGUGGCAAGGUUUUCCGUAAGAAAUCUCACCUUGUGAGUCAUCAGAGAAACUAUACCAUAAAGAAACUUUAAAAUGUAUUGAGGUUGGCACAGCCUCUAGUGUGAGUUCAAGCCUACUUCUAUCAGAUAUCCCAUACUGGUGAGAGGCCUUAGAAAUAUAACGUAUGUGGCAGGGCUAUUAGGUAUUGCCUUACAUUCACCAAAUAGCUCAUCAUUGCAUGUGCCAUGAAUAUGUCAAAGUUUUAAAUUAGAACUCUUUACUUACUAUAAGAAUAUAAGUUCUGAAGAGAUCCUACACAAAUUAAUGUGUGGCUAAGUGUUUAUCCAAAGAUCAACUGUUGGGAAACACUGGAGCGAAUCCUUACAGUUGCAAUGAGUGUGGUAAAGCCAUUAGAGUUCAGGUAUUAUGUAAGAAUAGAGACUCCACCGUGAAGAGAAAUUAUGUGAAUAUGUGUCAGAACCUUUAUCUAGGUCUCCCAAUUCACUAGAUACCAGAUUAUGAGAAACAUCUUCAAGAAACCUCGCAAAAGUAAUGUGCGUGUUAAUGCUUUUACUCAAAGAUGAAAACGGACAUCAGAAGAUAUUUUUUUUGGAGAGUAAAUUUACAAAUGUACUUAAGGCUUUUCAUCAAAUGUUUACGUUUUGGGGUAAGUAAUGACAGAAUUAAAGGAGGACAGAAACUAAUAUACUGAACAUGGAAAUAGUAAGCAACAGUGUGUAUUCAGGAUUCACUCAAGAAUUUGUGCAAGUGUAAUGAAUGUAGUUAAUCAUUUUUUUCUUUUUACCAAUUCUCCCUACCAACCCCACAGUCCAGAUUUCAUGCUAGGAAUAACUAAGUCUCCAGCUCUCUGAAAUUAAGACAUUACGUACUGCAGAAACUUUACAAAUCCAACAAUUUUAAUACUGUGGACAUGUGAUGUAUCACAGGAACAAGGACGUGUACAAACAGCCCAUUCAUUACCUUUAGUGUUAUAAUAUUUAGUUGCACUUUCUUGAGAAAAACUAUAUGACUAUGACUUUUAACCUGAAGUCCAAAGCAUGUUGAACUUAUGCCUAUUUUCCAGGCCUUUCGGGCUGGUCUUUGGGAAGCAGUCCAUACAAUGAAAACACCUACUUCAUUGGGCAUGGUUCAUUUAUAUCCUUGUCCCCUGGAAGAACGAGGGCACUGAAUAUCACAUUCAUUAUUGUAUGAAUUAGUAUGGCAGAAGGCAGAGAACAGAAAACUGUGUUUGAAGUAUUUCUACUUACUAGGGUCAGAGUGCCCCAUCUCUGGACAGGCUACUUUUGGUCAUAGGAAAGAAGUCUCCACCAACUGACCAUAAAACAGCAGGUCCAGACGUGAAAGAUCUGGGCUUGUCAUGGAAGGAGAUUGGUAGGUGACUAGUGGGUGAUUAUGUGGUAGAAGUAAUGCAGAGCAAGUGGAGAGUGUCUCCAUAGAAUGGCAAUAACUUUUAUAUCAAAGAUGAAUGGAAAAUUUGUCUUAUGCUUGGAAAUUGUAGAAAGAGCAGUUACCUGACAGGAGAACAUAAAAAGAACCGGAACAGUAUGAGCAUGUGUGUGAUUCAUAUUGAAGUGCUGGUAUUUGCUAGUUUUACUUAGAAUAUAU